CAUUCCGAAUUUUUGCAACCCUCGGAAUGUCAAAAGUAAAUAAAAAAAUAUUUUCUGAUAUAAAUUGAUAUUGUAUGAAAAAUUACAUUCUUUUGCUAAUAUUUAUUAAUCCGCACUUUAUCUUUUACUAUAAUAUUAAAUUUUUAUCUUUCAAAUCGUGAGUGUAAUUUAUUAGUGUCAUUUUACAGUUUCGCAUCAAAUGUUUCGCGAUUUUCUUAAAUUUUCUCUUGAAAAUGCACAAAUUACGCUGGUACACUAAUUUUUGUGUAUUAUUUAAUAAUGAAAUACAAGACUUCCUGUUGAGAUAUCAAUUGGUGUUCAUUUAAUGUAUAGUGUCCUUGUAAUUUACGAAAAUCGUCUCUGGGCGUAACCAUAGUAUUCCCUGGAUGAAGGCUGUGCUAAAAUGAUAUUUUUUACCUUUUUCUGAAACUUAGUAAACUGUGUUUGUGUGCAAAAUGGCUGAUGACGAAGUUUUAUUCGAUGAAGUGUAUGAAUUAUGCGAAAUUAUUGGCAAGGGACCAUUUAGUUUGGUCCGCCGUUGUGUUCACCGUCAAACUGGACAGCAGUUUGCAGUGAAGAUUGUUGAUGUGGCUCGAUUCACCGCUAGCCCUGGACUAAGCACUGCAGAUCUGAAACGAGAGGCUACAAUAUGCCACAUGCUAAAGCAUCCACAUAUUGUGGAGUUACUUGAGACAUACAGUUCCGAGGGAAUGCUGUACAUGGUCUUUGAAUAUAUGGAUGGUUCUGAUCUCUGCUUUGAAGUGGUACGCAGGGCCAGCGCUGGUUUUGUCUACAGCGAGGCUGUAGCAUGCCACUACAUGCGUCAAAUACUCGAAGCACUGCGCUACUGCCACGAAAACGAUAUCGUACACCGCGAUGUUCGGCCGCAUUGCGUGCUGCUCGCAGGCCGGGAUAAUUGCGCCCCCGUCAAGCUUGGCGGGUUUGGUGUUGCCGCUCAGCUGCCCACACCGACAUCACAUCGCGCGCCUCCAGAAUUGGUGAUGGACAAUCGACCGCUAAUGGGUCCUAUGGGCCAAGCGUAUCUCAAAUCAGACGAGUACGGUCGUAUUGGCACUCCUCACUACAUGGCUCCCGAGGUAGUUUCCAGCCAGCUGUACGGCAAGCCUGUAGAUGUAUGGGCCGCUGGCAUCCUACUACAUGUACUCCUAGUUGGAUACCUGCCAUUCACCGGUACACGGGAAAGAUUGUUUGAAGCUAUCUGCCGUGGGAGAUUGAGGUUCGACGCGCCCCUCUGGGACGAUGUAAGCGACGCCGCCAAAGAUCUAGUCCAACGUAUGCUCACAGUGGACCACACUCAAAGAAUCAAUAUCCAAGAGGUGCUCAACCAUCGAUGGAUAAGGGACCGUGACAAGCAAAACCGUAUUCAUCUGGCGGGAACAGUGGAAGAGCUUAAGAAGUUCAACAGUCGGCGGCGUCUUCGCGCCGCUACUCUUGCAGCCGCGGCCGCCGAUGACGAAGAAGAUGAAGAGCAAACUGCUCGGCGUCAGGUCAUGUUGGAAGAGGCCAACGCUGCUGCUGUGAAUCUAGUAGUGGAGUCCUUGGAUGACGUAUCAGUACUUCAGGAUGGACCAACGUUCAUGGAUCCUGAUUUGUUCCAUAGUGUGCUUGACGAUUUGCAGUUGAGAGCACUUCUAGAGGUAUACGACCGCAUCGCGUGCACGGUAGUGGUGACAAGUGGUCGGGCGCCGGCGGCGGAAGGUCGCGCUCGGUGUCGGCAAGCGCUUGAAGCGGCUGCACGGCUGCGGCACGCCGGCGCUGCACCCGCUGCCGCUACGCCCGCCACCGCCUCCGCCAUACACGAGCUGCGGAGAUUGCUUGCACUGCCUCAUAUAAAGGCCCUACUGCAGGCACACGAUGUGGUCGCCCGAGAGGUUUAUGGAGAGGAGUCGUUGCGAGCCUCGCCACCACCAGUCAACGGCCGCACGACUGCGCCGCCGCCUGAAGACGAGGAAGACACCGAACCAGAAUUCGAGAACGUGACUAGAGUGCGCCUCGUGCAGUUCCAGAAGAAUACUGACGAACCAAUGGGCAUAACAUUAAAACUGGCUGACGACGGACGAUGCAUCGUAGCCCGCAUAAUGCACGGCGGGAUGAUACACCGACAGGCAACGCUACACGUCGGCGACGAGAUCAGAGAGAUCAACGGCACGCCCGUUGCCAAUCAGUCAGUCGCGCAAUUGCAGAGGAUGCUGCGCGAGGCUCGUGGAUCGGUGACCUUCAAGAUUGUGCCAUCCUACCGUUCUGCACCGCCACCGUGUGAGCUUUUCCGGAUAAAGCCUUCGCCCGUGCUAAUAUUCGUCAGAGCACAAUUUGAUUAUGACCCGUUAGAAGACGAAUUGAUACCGUGUGCACAAGCAGGCAUUGCGUUCAAUACCGGGGAUAUUCUCCAGAUAAUAAGCAAAGACGAUUCACAUUGGUGGCAAGCACGCAAAGAUGCUUCCGGUGGUUCAGCUGGUCUCAUUCCCAGCCCUGAACUCCAAGAGUGGAGAGCCGCCUGUGCUGCUGCGGAAAGAUCGAACACCGACCAAGUGAACUGUUCAAUAUUUGGACGCAAGAAAAAGCAGUCUAAAGACAAGUAUCUAGCGAAGCACAACGCAGUCUUCGACCAACUAGAUGUCGUCACAUAUGAAGAGGUCGUUAAAUUGCCAUCGUUUCAAAGAAAAACGAUAGUGCUGUUAGGUGCUCACGGUGUGGGUCGUCGCCAUAUCAAAAACACGCUCAUCGCGCGACACCCUGACCAAUACGCCUACCCGAUACCACACACUACGCGGCCCCCGAGGACGGAUGAAGAGAAUGGCAGACACUACUAUUUCGUCUCCCACGAGGAAAUGAUGGCGGAUAUCGCUGCCAACGAAUAUUUAGAAUAUGGUACACACGAGGACGCAAUGUACGGCACGAAACUGGAGACAAUCAGGCGUAUACAUUCGGAGCGACGCAUCGCCAUCUUGGACGUGGAGCCGCAAGCGCUCAAGAUUCUGCGGACUUCAGAGUUCGCGCCGUACGUCGUGUUCAUAGCUGCACCGCCGCUCAAUAAUGUCGCCGAUUAUGACGGCUCCCUAGAAGUGCUAGUUCGGGAGUCGGAACAGCUUCGACGAACAUACGGCCACUACUUCGACCUGACGAUCGUCAACAAUGAUAUAGAUGACACACUGGCGCAACUGGAAGCGGCUCUAGCUAGACUCCGCUCCACUCCCCAGUGGGUGCCCGUCUCAUGGGUCUACUGACAAUCUGAUUACUACCUUUAAAACCACAAAUUUAUCUCACCAACAUCUGGAAGUCAACUAAAUUGAGCUGAAAUGGGAAGUGUCAAAAUAGCUGCUUAUUUUUGUCGCGUCUCAACAUUUUUUUUUUUAUCGUUAAAUAUGCCCUUUUAAUGUAUCUAAGCUGUAAAAGAAUUUUAGUGCAUUUUAUUGAAAAUAAUCUUACGUUAUUACCUAACGCGGUGUAUGUGAAAUUUAUUGUGUUUUAAUUGAAAUAUUUUGACGCCUAUUUCACGUAUUGAAAAUUUCAAAUUAGAAUUGCAAUCAAUAAUUUACUUUAAUAUCUAUCCGAUAAAGUUCAAUUAAAACUGAUACAUUAUCAGAUAAUAUCAAAUUGAAAGCACAAUAGGGUUAUUAAAACUGUAGCAAACAUAAAUUUACAUUUCCUAUGAUAAUGCAACUAAGAUAUCAAAACUUAUUUAUAUUUUUAUGUAACAGUUGUCUUAGUCUUGUGACGUAGGUGUUUAAGUUCACUUAACAAGUUAACUUAAAUAUUUCAUCUAUUGAUAAUUAUUUUAUCAACUAGUACUAAGCAUCAACGUUUAUUUCUUGAAAGGGCUGUUACAGUAAGUUACAUCUGAAAGAGCUGUAAUAUUUUAAACAUAUGGCAUAAAAUAUUUCUAAUUGAUCUUUGAAAUGUUGCAGCCAUAACACGAUAAAACAUUAAUAAAAUAAAUCCUAACACUAAUUGAUAGUUGAUGUACGGUCUAAAUGGUUUAAAGUAUGAAAUUCUGCUACGAAGUAUCUUGUAUAAUAUUGGAGAGUACUAAAAGAUUUUAAAAAAAUAAAUAUGUAGGUUACAUAACGAAUAAAAGUUUAUGUGGAUGGGUCGCACACCUAGUCAUACGCAAGACGCUUGUAGGUGGAGAAGGAGAAAUAUAAUACUGCCAUCUCGUUGUAUAUGAGUUUUUUAACAAUUUAUUUAAAGAGAGGGAGCACCAUUAUCAUGUUUCUGCUCCGAAUCGAAGAAAUCGUAGAUAUGGUGUUCGAUAUUAGUGCGACUGCACUUUGAAUAUCAUUUAGAAAUUCAAAUAUGCCUUAUGUUUAAAAUUUGACAGCCAUUUAGCAUGUUGCUAAUAUGACUACACUAUUAAAAUAACUUUAUCAGAGUUACUAGUAUUUCAAUAUACAUUAUUCAUAGGAAUAGCUAUUGGUAGCAAUAUAAAAUUUCUUCUAUACAGACACUUCACUUGGUACAGAUUAAGAUCCUAACGGCUGGCUGUUAUUAGAAAAAAAAAUAGGAAACAACAAAAAAAAAACAUGACGAAUUAUUAUUACGUAGUUCACUUUACAAUAAAGUGCACGAAUUCAUUGUUUCAUAGACAGUAUGAUUACAUUAACCAAUGUAGUCAUAGACAAAGGCUGGUGUUGUUUAAAAAUUUAAUCAUAUUGUCUAUGGAUUUUAUAAAUUAUAAUUUAUUAAUAAACUAUUUUUAGGUUUCUUAAAAAUUAUUAUUAUAGAUUUUUUUUUAAUUGUGAUAGUAUUUUUUUUUGUUGUGUUUUCUGUUCGAUUGUCAAACAAUUGUUGCUUUAUUUGUAAGAUACGUAAAGUCUUAUAUAGCUUGCAUUAUCAUUUGGUACAUUUACCGCUCAAUAAAAAACGUGCCAAAUGUGCGACUACCAAAUUUUCGACUAAAAAAAAUACGAUUUUAGGCAUCACUUGCACAUGUUCACAGGAUUUUUGGAACAAUGUACAUAAUUAUACAUUAGAGUAAUUUACGAUAAUAAAUAACUCAUUAGAAAUGUACCCGUAGCUCAAAAUGUUUUACUUCGAGAUUUGAAUUUAAGAUCUCUCUUAGUGUAUUGUAAUUGAAUCUUGUCGUUUUCCAACUACUCAUUAUAAUAAUUUACCAACUGCGUUUAAGUAGUAUUCUGUUAUUUCAUCGUAUUUUAAUAGCUGUUCUUAUCGCCAAUGACGUCACAUUCAUAAGUACGCGCUUAAAUUUGCAUAAGUUUCGAUUCACGGUAUUUGCGCGAAUAACAAAAUAAUAAAAUAUUAAGUUGGUCGUAUUUUAGGGUGCUAGUGGUUCGAUUCAGAAAUGUUGUUUUCCAUUUAAAAAUAGCGAUAAUUUGAGAAUGUAGGUUCAGAAUUUGUCCCACUAAGUAUAUCAUCGUCAUGUCAGCCGUUAACUCUCCACUGCUGGAUAUAGGCCUCCACUAUUAAGGGGGAUUUUGUCAAUAGUUGUAACUAUUGGCAGAUUGUUUGGCAACCGCAGAUAGGCUUUGGUGAUAUUCUAAGAGAGACGCUGCUGCCCCAUCACAAUCACUGGAAAGAAAGGAAUCCAUUCUACGCCGAGACCACACGGCUUAAGGACUAAGUAUAUAAUACUUUUAAAUUUUAUUCUUUCUAUCUACAAAAUUAGAGAAUUGUAGAGACAGGUUGAGAGAGAAUGACAUUUCAGAAUCAACCCAGUAGGUAUGUUCUGAGAUCUGUAAAUUUAUAGAAAGUAGUUAGAUUUUUUAUUUAUUACAAUACAGAUUGAUAAUAAUUUGCCUCAGUAAAUCAACUCAUCGAUUAUAUCUAUUACAUCAAGAUUUUUAGAGGUUUUUCAUUUUUGUCAACAACAUUAUACAAUUUAAAAAAAAAAAAAAAAAACUAGUACAUACUUGGUAGUUGGAAAACGGUCUUAUUGACUAUAUUACAGGAUUAGAAUUCACAGGGUUGCAAGAAUCAGAAUAAUCAUAAAUAUGAUUUACUCGUAUGUGUUUCACUACUGUACUUAUUUAUAUUUAAGUACUGUAAGUAUAGAAAGAUGCCAUGGAUAAAAUACUCUUUCACACGUCACUGUUUUGAGAAUAACUCUGUAUACCUAUUCGCCAAAUAUAUUCAAUAGAUUAAACUUGGAGUUUUCGCAAAUCCAUUUGGAUUGCAUUGACGACCUCUGUGGCGUGAUGGGCAUUUUGUAUUGCGUAAAUGAGGUCCAAGGUUCGAUUCCCGGUCGGGCAAAUUAUGGACAUAAACUUUUCUGAAUUGGCUUGGAUCUGGGUGUUCUAAGUGGUGCCUCCCACAUAUUCCUUGCCUGGUUCUUUAUAACACAGGGUAGGAAAAUAAGCGUUUUGUAUUUCUGCUAUAUCAAUCAAUUGAACAAUUAUAUUAAAUUGUUUAAUAACAAUUUUUUUUUUUUUUGAAGAAAUAUAAUAUUUAUUAUCAUUUAUCAUGUGUAUGGUCUGAAUAAUAUUGUAUGAACCUUAUUGUACAUAAAACAGUAGGAUCUACCUCAUCAGAUCAGGGAAUAAACGAAUACUGUGUGAAAGGUCUAGAGAAAUGUGUGAGUGAACAAAAAUAGUACAAUACUGAGGGCUUAAGUAUUGUACCAUUUUUAUUCAGUAUACUUUCAUGGCAUCUUCUAUAAUUUUCUCUAUACACUAGUAUUUUUUUCUACUAUGAUUACUUAAAUAAGGCGUAUGAUAUUAGAUUUAUUACUAACGUUUACUUAUUUUCCAAUCUAUUUAAAUAUUGUUUAAGUAUUAAUCAUAUAAAGUCAAUAUAUUAUAAAGAAUUUUAGUGCAAUAUCAAAUACAAUCGCUCCGAUUUAACAUCUUUGUAUUUAUGCCCAAUGAAUUUUUACAAAAACAUUUGUAUUUGUUUAUGGCCACGAUAGCAUAUAGAAGAUGAAUCUGGGUUACUUUUUUAUAGUAUUUUUGUACCAUAGUUCUACUGACCACAAUGUAGAAUAAACUGUUUAAAGUCUAGAUCCAGCCAUAGACAAGUCUUAUUACUAGUGAUGUAACAUCGACUUAAUAAUGCAGUAGAUUCUUCUUUUAAAGUUUUAUUAAUUCUCUAUGUUUAAUUUAUCUACCAGAAUUAGUUUCUAAUUAUAUUAUUUAUUAUAGUAGAUAUAAAAUGUUGUAAUUGGUGUGAUUGUGUGGACACUUUUAUUUGUUGUUUGAUAUUACAAAAUGGACGCCUUUUUGAAGUAAUCAAUUAUUUAUUCACAACUGCACGAAUACAUUCCUGUAUAUAAUAUACAAUAAUAUAAUAAUAUAAAGUAGUGAUGUUUUACUAUAUAACUACUCACUGUUUCACUAUUUUUACUUUUAAUCAAUACUUAGGCUAAGUAGGACUCAGUAAGAGAUUUGGCGGUUCCGUAUCAUUUUUAGAAAAUGGAACCACGAAUGUUUGUCACCUGUUCUUGAUACUUGUCAAUGUUCAUAGUAUAUGUUAUUAUUUUAGUUGAGUGUUAUAUUUAAUUUACAAUUUGAAUUUUAUGAGUGUAGUUAAAUCAUAUUUUAAUUUUGAUAUUAUUGAUAUUUGAAUCACCAAAAAUAUUCCAUAUAAUCAUCAUUUACUAAUUAAUUGAUUUAUACUAUUAAUAGCUAAUAUAAUGAAUGUUCAAUUCGUUUUAAAAGUUUUAUGGUUUUUUUUAGUAAUUAUCACAAUGUUUUCUAUUUGUUUAUUUAUAGUUGUUAUUGUAAUAUAUAAUUUUGGAAUUUAUUCUUACUAUUUUAAAUUGGAGCACAGGUAGUGCAAAUUUCUUGGGGCCAAGUCCGCAAAAAGGCUUUGUAAAUCUAUAGGCGACUACAAUUAAUGUAAUAAACAUGAUUUUGGCUAUGGUCUUUUGUCAAAGGAGCAACUUUGAUUUGAAAUUGCUCAAAAUAACAAUGUCACAACUAUACUGUGCUCCAAUAGAGAAUGAAUAUUAUAAACGAAUGAUAGAAAUGAAUGUAGUUAAAUUAAUCUAAACGAUAUUGAAUUUAAUGAUAGUUUAAUGUAAUUAUGAGAUGUGUAAGAUGGCGCGAGUAGCACUGCCCUUCUGUACAAGUGACAAAUUAAUCCAUCUUUAUUUUAUUAGUCACACACAUACAGUACAAACAUAAACAUUUUGUACAAAUAAAUACAUGUUUUUUAAAAUAUAUACUGUGCAUUAUAAUCUGAUAUACUACGUGCAAACGUUCUUUAAUGUACGCGCAAAAAGCGACACAGUGGAAAUUUGAGAUCUUUGUAGAAAUUCGCAAAUGAUUCUCCAUGAUUUUUGCAUUAUAUUACCAUAUCUGGAACGGUAAUUACAACAUAAUUCUUUAUCUGUUAAAUGACAUUUCGCUUGUAUAUUUGACGUUUUAAUUCAACUUAAGCAUAUUUAGAUAUGGACUCGUUUACCACUUGUAUAGAAACAUGUUCAUAUUUCGUUAAAGUUAAUAAUGUUGCCAUAUUCUUAUAAAAAAACUUUAUCUCGAUCAUGAUUUCGAUGCAAUAUAAUUGUAGGAAAAUAUUCUGUUGCUCUUUUAUAAAUUUUAUUGCGCUGAGAAUAAACGUAACGCGGUGUUUAUGAAAUUCUGUAUAACUAUCAGUUACAUUUAUAUAAAUUUUAGAAUAUACCUAGCAACAUUUUUGUUAUGCAAACUAUAUAUUGUAUUACAUAAGGCUCUUUAUAGUACUUAAAUUAUUGAAACAAUAUAUUUUAUCCUUAAAACUUUUUUACAAGUCAUUAGCUUAAAUUUGAGGUUGAAAAAUUUGCUAAAUGUGAAUAGUGUAGCUUUUAUAGCAAAGGUGGCGUCUGCGAAUGUGGCGCCAUCUUGUUACGACGUAAAUAACAACAAACAGCAUUGGUAAUCUACUGCCAAGAAUAACUUAUAAAAAAGAUUCUACCAGCUUGUAAACCAGAAAGAUACUGAUUCUGUCUGAUAAUAAAAUUUUUCAAUCUCACAUAUGGCAUCUUAUAAGUUUUAUUACAGAAUUGUAAGUUUAUUGUGUCAUGUUUGUACCUAUUAAAAUUAUUUUUAACAAAUUGACUCACAAAAUACCUAUUAAAUAAGUACAUAAUUAUUUUCAAUUUUACAAUUUUAAAUUGAUGUUUGUAGAAAUGUGUUUUUUGUAUAUACUAAUUGUGUUAUGUUUUAAUUUUUUGUUCUAUAGUGCUGCUCCUUUAAGGAUGAGUGUUUGAGAGAGUCUAUCUUAUAAUAAUUAUUGUGUAAUUAAUAAUACAUUUAACUGAGAGUAUUUUUAAUGUUAUUAAGUAUCACAAAACAAACACGUAACAUUCCAACAUCAUAUUGUUAUUAAUUAGACAUUAUUUUUAUUUAUUUAAAACAACCAUAAUUUUUUUUUCUGUUGUAGUAUUAACAAAAAUAUAUGUGAUCUUUAGUUACGUUACUUUUAGUUAGUUUUAACAGUGAAUGUCAUCUUGUAUACUCAAUGAUAGGUGUUGUAUCCGUGGAAUGAGUAUGAUAUAUUUAGAACUAUGCUUGAAUUAAUGAAACCACAAUUAAUGCACAUUGUUACUUGGGAUUAGCUUAGAUUGUGGUCAAACACACUCAAAUUGAAUAUUAAAAAAAAUAAGACGAAAAGAACAAUGGAUUUAUUAUACAUUUUCUAAAGUGGUCACUCCCUUAAUAUGCAAAAUAUAUAUUGUACCCAUUUGAAAAACAUAAUCAUAGCCAGAAUCAUAUUGUUAAUUUUAUCGACUAUUACAGUUGUGUUGAAUAUAACACUCGAUAUGUAUUUCACCGAGCAUAUUUCAUUUUCUUAACGGUAUUUCUUACCACAAUAAAUGAAAUAAUUAUUUAUAUUAGCUUUAAAAUUUUCGUAGUCAAUCCGAAUUGACCUCACUACGUUUGGAGUCUAUAAGGAGUCUAUCAGGCCCUUACGCUCUCCACGUAAGCAAAUCCUAUUUAAACAGUAAACAUGUUAUAAAUGACUCCCUUAUUUAUAAAAAUGUCAACCUCUCAUAAACCUAUGUUAGCUAUAGAACUGUUUUGUCUCUUUCACUUCUACUAAAUUUUCAAUUUGAAAAAAGUGUCAAAACAGUGUGUAGGAGUUAAAAUAGAUUUGUAGAAAUUUUAAGUUUUUGUAACUAUGAGGGGGGAGGGGUUAUAAUAUAAUUGUGUUUUAUAAAGUAAAUAAAUCUGUCAUUAUGCCACACUAUAAUUAACUAUACUACGGAUACAACACUUUUUACCUACAUCCGUUUCAAGAACUGUAUAUCCAAAUGAAAAUUUGUAAAGUGAACACAAAAUUGAAGUCAAUAUUGACUUUGACAGACGUAGUCCCGAAGUGUAAGCAAGAAAGAAAACAACUCCCCUUUCUUUAGCGAGUUACUAUAAAAUACUUAAGGUCACAAACAUGUGCAGUGUAGCAUGCUCUUUUGAUGUGUUUAAUCUUACAUCAGGUUAUAAGCGUACUGUUAGUUAAUUACAUACAUAUUACCUAUAAAUACGUACGCCAAAGAUAGUAGGUAUAUCGUCUACGCAAGCCUUAAUUAAAGUCUAAACGUGUUAAGUCUGCUAUCUCACUAACGGAAAAGGUCUUAAUAAUUUUGGCUUCAAAAAUAUUGCAAUAUUCAUUUGGUUAUAAUGCUUCUUGAUCUACUCACAACGUAGAUAUUUUCUUGUGGUUUUAUGUUCAAACUAUAAUAAUCAAAUUAUUAUAUUAUAUAUGGUACUUAAUUCAAAAAUAGUAGAGACAUACUAAAUGUUUUAAGAAGUUUAAAUGUAAAAUCACAUGAAAGCGACUAUACUAAAACAUUUAACUAUAAAUAAAUAUUAAUUUUACUCUUGAGCAUUUAAAGCAAGUUAUAAUGAGAAUUAUUACUAUGGUGACAAGUAUUAUUUUAGCUUGCCUUAGAUGUGGCUAUAAUCCAAAAUCUGUGUAACAAAAGGCAACAAAAAACCUAAUAGGAAACAGUUUUAUUGAGAACAACUAAAGAUGACUGAAAUAAAGUCUUAUUAUAAUAACUGUUAUAAUUGAAUAAAUCGCACAAAAUAA